AUGUGGUCAGACCAUACCGCCGAAAGUAAUGGUGAGUGGAGACAAGGGGCGCGGGAAAUCUAUUUACCUGCAAUCCUGACGGAAGCUUGCAUUUACAGAGGGGUGAUGGCCCGCUGGGAGUCCGCCGUCCGACUCUGCGGUUCCCACCCCCUUGGGUGGCGGGGGGCGCCCUCUGCGGCGAGGACCAGCAGCUCCACCCCCAACAUUGCUCCCAGUUCCCUGUUGGGAGGCACCACCGAGCCUCCCUGUCCCCUCCCCAUCCCGGUUGACGCCCGAUUGACGACUGGUUGGUCCCUGGCCGGGCAUGCACCGCCGGCGGAUACACACUUCGCCGUCUCCCACUGUCGUUCGCAGCCGGAGGUCCCCGCCGUCUCCGCCACCCUCCUGGUGUGCUCCCCUGGGUGUCCCACCCGACCCCAUCCUGCCGUACCUCCCACGACUCGCCCCACAGAGCUCCCCGGCGCCACCCGGAGCCGGCCCUGGGUCCCGAUCUGUCCUGUGGACGCCGGCCCCGGCUCCUCCCGAGCUCGCCACCCGACGGGGACCCCAGAGUCGGGCGGCGCCUUCCGCCCACACCGUCGGCCGGCAGUCCACCCAAGGGUACCGGGACCCCGCCACCCAUUCCAGGUCCCACCCCGUCGCUGGAAGAGGUCUACCCCCGAGGGUGGCCCAGCCGCCGCCACAGGGUUAGCCGGCCCCACGGACUGGUGCCAGCAGCCGCGGUAA